CCUUUCGUUUGUACUGGCUUUCACGACGAAGAUAUUUUUUCCGUCGUAUCGGUCGUAUCGCACUCGACCGAUGUGUAAUUUCUGAAUGCGGAUGAAAAAUAGAGUUAAAUAGAUGUAUGUAUUAAUCAAUAAAUAAAAUAUCUAGUUUUAUGAGUGUCCUGCACGCACUGACUGCGGACAGAGAAUAGAGAAGUUUAUAAAAUAGAGUGAUAAUCGGGGUGGGCUCGUGCGAGCCAUUUGCUUUGGUUUCAAUGCACCUUGAAACGUCAUAUCAAUGUGUCUAUCUAAUAUCGAUGGAAAAGGGUGACAAGUCAAAAUGAUAUGAGAAUCAUUUUUAGCAAUACGAGGGAGUGAAUGAAAUGAAUGAAAUAGUGACCGACUAUCGUCGUGAAAACUGGUGCCAUUUGUAGGCCAAUCAACAUUGGUUUGUGGAAUUUGGUGUGCUUUAACGUUUGCAGUGGUCAGUGAAUUUGCGUGUUUCACCUGAAGGUAUCGGCGACAUAGCUUGAUAGACUCUUGCUUGCAAAAGUAAUCCUUUGUUUUUAAACAUUGAUACGGACUUUAUCUUGUUGCAAUGUUGAUUAAACGAGGAUCAUUCAUGACGUUUCGAUAAAAGGUGUAACGCCAUUAGAGAGAUAUUACGAUCAAAGACGGUUGUUACAAUUUCAUUUUCAUUUUCGAAAAUUUUUUUCCUUUAGCGACCUCGAUCAGUGCAAGUAUCGUGAUGGAGAGUUCCGACGAGCCGACGAGUCUGCAAUCAAUUUGCCACUUACACGCAUCUGAACUUUUUCCAAAACAUGCUCAUUUUGAAACUGAAGAUCCAUCAUUAUCCGUACCCUUUACUCCUCUCAGUGGAGAAUUUGUGGUUGCACUUGGUCGUACUUCUGAUGGAAUUUUAGCAUUAUCAAACUAUAGACUCUACCUACAACUCGGUCAGACAUGUUACAAUAUACCACUGGGUCUCAUUGAGCAGCUAGAAGUCAAAGAAAUAUUUUAUCUUCAAAUAGGGUGUAAAGAUGCUCGCUCAGUCAGUUGUGCAUUUGCAACGAAUGAACACUGCUUAGAGUGGUUCAAGCGUUUACACAAAGUGACUUAUCCAAGAAAAAGUGUAGAAGAUAUUUUUGCCUUCGGUUAUUAUGCUUGGUCCAUGGAAGAGGGAAAGGAGUAUGCGAGACUCGGAAAAGAUACGAAUACUUAUAUCGCCGUUUUUAAUGCAGAAGUGGAACGAUUAAAAUUCAAUCUUCAUGGGAGUUGGCGCAUAAGUCAAAUAAAUAAAGACUACCGAAUGUGUCCAUCGUAUCCCCCUCAACUCCUCGUACCAGCGUGCAUUACUGACGACACCUUGGAGGUCGUAGCGAAAUUCCGAAGUUCUCGAAGGAUUCCUGCCGUGGUUUGGAGACAUGUAAAUAAUGGGGCAGUGAUAGCUCGUAGUAGUCAACCAGAAGUGGGUUGGCUGGGUUGGCGAAGUUCCGAGGACGAAGAUUUAUUGAAGGCAUUGUCAGACGCUUGCUCUUAUGAUCGCGGAGAAUCAACUAUUGAAUCUCCAAUAAACUACUCUGAUCCUUGUGAUGAGUUGAUACCAAACACUACGAAAAAGGUUCUGAUUGUCGAUGCAAGAUCUUAUACAACAGCUGUUGCAAAUAGAGCACGAGGUGGAGGGUGCGAGUGUCCAGAGUAUUACCCAAGUUGUGACAUACAAUUUAUGAACUUACCAAAUAUUCACUCAAUCAGAAAGAGUUUCCAUGCUGUAAGACAGCUUUGUGCGUCAGAUGCCGAUCAACCGAAUUGGUUGAGCCUUUUGGAAGGUACCAGGUGGCUUCAGCAUAUGUCUGGCCUUCUUCGGGCUGCUGUCACAGUGGCCUCUGCUAUCGAACGAGAUGGUAGACCAGUUCUUGUUCAUUGCAGCGAUGGAUGGGACCGCACACCACAAAUUGUCGCGCUUGCUCAGAUAUUACUUGAUCCUUAUUAUCGUACGAUGGAGGGUUUUCAAAUACUUUGCGAGAGAGAAUGGUUAGACUUUGGACAUAAAUUUGCUGAUCGAUGUGGUCAAACUAUCGGCUGUGAGGACCCCAAUGAGCGAUGUCCAGUUUUUCUACAGUGGUUGGACUGUGUGCAUCAGCUGAUCAGACAAUUUCCGUGCAGUUUUCAAAUGUCUUCGGCGUAUAUUGUAAAAUUAGUACAACAUACGUACUCUCAAUUAUUUGGAACAUUUCUGUGCAACACUCGACAAGAGCGGCUGCAAUCCAGGAUCCGAGAACACACCUUCUCUGUGUGGCGUUUUCUCAAUUCAGUUUCUUUCGUUAAUCAUCUGUAUUCACCCUCGAAAGAUCUGGUAUUGUGGCCACGGUGCAAUGUUCGUGAUCUUGUUCUUUGGUCCGAGGUAUACUUGGACUCUAUGGAGAUAUCACCCAAGCCGGACAAACAGCGCGUACCUCUCAUUGACAUCGAGGCGGGUGAAAUAGAGGAGCUCCAGGGCCAAAUGACGAAAACACGUUCUUAUGGAGAUCUAAUUCACACCCAAGAUCACGUAGUGUACCUGCACCGCAGAUUGAGCGAUCCCAGUAUUUCAAUUGAAAAAAAAUUUGGCUCGAUGAAUCUCGAGAAUGAAUCAGAUAAGACUGAAGAUACAUCCACUGAUGACAAUAUCUGUGGAGGAGAUCCUAAACCAUUCGAAAGUGAUCCACAUAAGAAGAACGAUCAUGUCUAUCAAGUGACGAAUGAUUUACCAGCUGACGUGUCAGUGGAGAGUUCUACAGAUACUUUGAUACCGAACAUUGAACCGGCCUUGCAGACAGAUAACGGGGAAACACCCACAACACAAACGACGUUACCACGGGACAACACAACGCCUUGGGUAGAAAAUCAGGGAAUCAGCCGUAAUCAGUGUUCCUGCAAUCGAUCAAAUCAGGAAGGUAGUGAUAUCAGUGAGACGAGUGCUGCAGUAAUUUCAAGGACUCCGAGCAGCAUUUGUCCAGCAUCACCUAGCCAUCACGACUUUUGUUUGGACAGCCCAGAUAGUUUGGACGACGUAGACGGACUUCCUGUUAUUCACUGUGACGUUCAACUGCGUGUUCAACAAAUCAUCAUUGAACACAAGGUUAAAGAGGAGGCCCUACGAAAGGAGCUACACACGACGCGGCUGGCCCUCAUACAAAAAGUCUGUACUAAUCACACUGCAGAAACUGAUCGCAUUGAUGAGAUUGGUUCAUUGCCAGAUUCGGUAGGUAGUGUGGGUGAUCAUGGCGAAUCAUUGCCAUCGGACAUGUCCUGGGAGGCUGUAGAAGAACUCGGACCGGCUCCAACCCUGUGGGUACCCGAUCAUGCUGUUAACAGAUGUAUGGGUUGCGAUACCGAGUUUUGGCUUGGUCGACGAAAACAUCAUUGCAGAUGCUGUGGUAAGAUAUUUUGCGCUGACUGUUCGGAAAAUUCGACUCCAUUGCCUUCUGAGCAACUCUACAAUCCUGUUCGUGUCUGUAGCGAAUGCUUCUCACGUCUUCACCAUCAUCCCUCCGGUUCGUGUCAGUGUAUGCGUCAUUCCGGCAUAUCCGAGAAUGAUUCCAUAGACACCCCAUCGAACUCAGAGAUGACAGUAAUGUCAAAAGAGGGAUGCAAUGAGACCUCGUUGCUGGUUAAUCAGCAGGAACCACGACCGCCGGCGACGAUCAGUCAGGCUGUGAACUAAUGACUCAAAACAAAAAUCGCAAUGAAUAGACAGGAAGCCGCAACUAGCUUUGCAGACCUUACAAUUCAAAAUUCAUAAAUUGAGAAAAAAGUAAGGGUCGUAUUUAUACAAAAGAUUUGUAAACGACAUAUAUAUAUAUAUAGAUAUGUGUAUAAUUAUAUAUAUUAUAUAUAUAUGAUGAGCGUAAUGAAAAGAAAUCAUUGACCACGUUAAAAUCAACAUUGAGCGAUCAUAUUUAUUAAUAGAAUUAAUAAUAUUUGUACGAUGAUGUGUAUAGAAUCGGCAGUUGGAGUAGCUGUCUAUGGCGGGGGAGAGGAAGUGGAAUUGAGUUUUAGAAAUGAUUAAAUUGAAGUAAAACCAAAUUGGUGAAGAGAAUCAAUGUAGAAUAACUUCAUCAUAAUUCAAAGUCGUAAUUUUUUUGUUUCAUCUAGGCGUAACGAGAUCUAUUCUGGAUUUAUUUAAAAAAAUUAUACAUUAUUAUCUUUUUUAUGUUUUUACAACAUAAAAAGGCAAAAAUGUUAUUAAUUUUAUAGGCUGUGACUGAUGCAUCGUUAGCAGGGGUAAUAGCUGGAUCUAAGCAGGAACUAUGUUGCGCAUGAUAUCGUAAAGCUAAUGAUGAAACCUAUACAUUUUGAUCCAUCUCAUUGUAUUUGUAUAUUACGGUCCUGGCGCCAAGUAUUGGUCCCUCCGUAUCUGAUCGAUAAUACACACAUUUGAUGCUCUCCUUAUCUCUUUUAAUGAGACAAUUUUAAUUUUUCUUAAUGGCAUUUGCGUGCAUGUUUGGAACAAUUAUAAUUUGUUGGAGCGAAUUAUUGGAUUUUCAUUAGGCCAGAAUAAUUGAAAUGUAUGAAUUUUAAUGAACCGAAUGGGAAAUUUAUGAAUACACUUCGAUUCGCAUAAU